AGUAUUACCGCUCUUAUAAAUACAAACCAAAGCAUGGCGAACAUGACAGUGCACACACUAUCGAGAGGGAAUUCAUCUGAACAUCUUCUUUCACAUGGAGAAGAAGAUGGAAGCUACAUUCCCACCCGUCACAGAUCUAAGGAGCGGUUUCAAUCCAGCUUCCAGAACCUUCCACAGCCUCAAAUCACCACUUCUUCUCCCUCCUCCCAACGCUGCCAUCUCCGCCGCUUCCUACGUCCUCUUUCUCCGUCGCAACUCGCACUUUCCGGACUCCUCAACCGCCGUUGUCGACUCCGCCAACGGCCACACCCUCUCCUACGGCGAACUCAUCCACCGCGCUGAGAACCUAGCGGCCAACCUCGCCACAGUUCUCAAACUGUCAAAAGCCCACACCGCGCUCGUUCUCUCCCCUAACAUCAUCCAAGUUCCGAUCCUCUGCUUCGCCCUCCUCUCCCUCGGCGUGGUCGUCUCCCCCGCGAACCCUCUUUCCACGCGCUCCGAGAUCACGCGCCUCUUCCACCUCAGCAAACCCGCCAUCGUCUUCGCAGUGACUUCAAACGCAGAAACAACACGCGAGUUCCAUGUCCGUACGGUCCUCCUCGACUCGCCUGAGUUCGACUCGCUCACCAGGACAAAGAUACAGCCUCUAAGUCCAACCGCGUCCCCCACGCCGGUGACUCAGUCCGACGUGGCAGCGAUUCUGUACUCUUCCGGCACGACGGGAAAGAUGAAGGGCGUUAUGCUUACUCACCGCAACCUAACCGCAGUAGCCGCGGGAUACGACACGGUCCGCACGAAGCGCGCGGAGCCCGCGGUGUACCUCUAUACGGUGCCGUAUUUCCACGUUUACGGUUUCACCUUCAGCCUGGGGGCGAUGGUGCUGUCGGAUACGGUGGUGAUAAUGGAGAGGUUCAGUUUUAGGGGCAUGCUGAGCGCCGCGGAGAGGUUCCGAGUGACGCACAUUACGGUGGUGCCGGCACUGGUAGUAGCUAUGACGAAGGACAAAGUGAUAGACGGAUACAAUUUGACGUCUUUGGAAGGGAUCGUUUGCGGUGGCGCUCCACUGAGGAAGGAAACCGAUGAAGCUUUCAAAGCCAAGUUCCCCAAGGUCCUCGUCAUGCAGGGAUACGGUUUAACUGAAUCUGUGGUAACCCGAACCACUCCCGAGGAAGCUAAUCACGUGGGAACGGUGGGUAGACUGAAACCAGACAUAGAAGCAAAAGUUGUUAACCCACAAACAGGGAAACUCAUGUUUCCCGGUGAAAAGGGGGAACUAUGGAUCAAAGGACCUUAUGUUAUGAAAGGUUAUGUUGAUGAUCCAGAAGCAACUUCAGCAACUUUGGUGAAUGGAUGGUUAAGGACUGGAGACCUUUGUUAUUUCGAUAAUGAUGGUUUUUUAUAUAUUGUUGAUAGGUUAAAAGAGUUGAUCAAAUACAAGGGCUACCAGGUUGCUCCAGCAGAGCUAGAAGAGUUGCUCCUAUCUCAUCCAGAUAUACUUGAUGCUGCAGUUAUUCCAUACCCUGACAAUGAAGCAGGCGAAGUGCCCAUGGCGUUUGUUGUGAGACAACCUCAAAGUUCCCUUGGCGUAGCACAAGUUAUUGAUUUUGUUGCCAAACAGGUUACACCAUACAAGAAAGUAAGGCGUGUAGCAUUUGUUGAUUCCAUUCCCAAGAAUGCUUCAGGAAAGAUUCUGAGAAAGGAUUUAAGAAAAGUUGCGCUCUCUAAGUUAUAAUGCCUCAUUUAUUUUAAUUUAUUUUAUCGAAAGUGAUGCAU